CUCUUCCAUGUGUUGUGGGGGAGUGGAGUCACUGGAGUGGCUGUGCAGAACAAUGUCAACCUGGUCUGCGGAUACGUAGGCGCUACGUACAACAGGAACCGAAAAACGGUGGGGAACCUUGUCCUGCCCUAGAGGAGAAGGCUGGCUGCCUGGAAUACCUGACUUACCAGGGAGAGGACUGUGGCCAUGAACACGUCCCUGCUUUCAUAACUACCUCUGAAUACAGUAAAGAAAGAAAACGACGAGCAACAUCUUCUCUCUGGCCUUCAGACAAAGAAGAAGCUGGAUAUUGUGUGGAAUUUAAAACAGAAUCCCUUUCACACCACUGUGCUUUGGAGAAUCGGCCGUAUGCGCGAUGGAUGCAGUACCUACGAGAAGGACAUACUGUGUGUGUUGCUUGCCAGCCUCCAGCUAUGAAUACUGACACACAUCAUUGUUCUGGAGAUGGCCAUAAUGCAGAUGGAGGUAAAAUCUUACACUGGGAAGCAGUUGGCAACUCUCAGUGCCAAGGAACCUGGAAGAAGAUUCGGCAACUGGAGCACUGUUCAUGUCCCCUUGUGCAUAGCUUUAUUUUCACGUAA